AUGGGAUAUUCUGAUUCUAAUUUAAGAGAUGAUUCGAGUUCAACAUCAUCUCCUCCAAUCAUACCACAACCAUUAAUUGACCCAGGGUAUAAUAAUAAUAAUAAUAAUGAUCAUAUCCAAAUUAUACCAGAGCAGCAUGUGCAAAAUCAAAAUCUAAUAGUUUUACCUUCACCACAUUUAAAACCAAAACCUAAACGUCAAAGGAGAAGUUAUUCAUGUGGACCAUGCAAAAUUUUAAAAAUUAAAUGUGAUUUACAAAUACCUUGUACUUCAUGUAAGAAAUUCAAAAGGACAAAUAGAUGUUUAUUACAACCACCACAACCACCAAAUGAACAAGAAUUGAAUAAAAUACAAGAGAGGAAGAAAAGAUCGUUGGGUAAAAAGAUGAAAUUUCUGAAUGAUUUCGUACAAGCAUAUAAUAAUAAUAGUGAGUCAAUACCAUCAUUAAUUACAUCAUUAGGGGAAACAAGUAGGAAUUUACGAUUAGCGAAAGAGGGGGAAUCAUUUACUGUUAAUAACGAACAGGCAAAUCCAAAUUUAGAAUCAAAUAAUUCAAUAGAGACACAUCCUAUUAAUUUUAUAUCUUUCCCUUCUAAUAUUUUAAAGGAUCAAGGGCCUACAAAUCAUGAUCUAAAAGCAAAACACAAAUUGAUGAAUAAAGAUCAAGAUCUAAUAGAGUAUUUAUUAAUCCUUGAUUCUCAAAAAGAAAUUGAUUUAACUAUGGUUGAUGUAAAAAGAAUAAAAAGACUUCUUCCCUCCAACUUUCAAAUAUUCAACAAAUUAUAUCAUUUCUACAUCAAUUCUAUUAUUCACAUCUACGUGGAUUUACAAAAUUACGAAGAGAUAAUAAAACAAUCAAAAUUAAUCUAUGAGAAGUUAUUAAGUAUAGAUGAUGAAAAUACCAGAAACUUAUCAAUGAAUAUCAAAUUCAAUGUAGUUGAAUUAAGGAAUUUAAGUUUAUUUUUCAUUAUUUUAAGUAAUGGUUUACUUUUUGAUAAUGAAUUAGAUGGGCUGUUCUUAUUGGAAAAAUCAUUAUAUAAACCAAAGGAAGAUAUAAUUGAAGAUUGGAUAAAAAUAUCAAAAUUUUUGAAAUUGAAAUUACUAUCAUAUGAGAACCUAACUGAUUUGAUAUAUUUAAUUGACUGGUAUUUAAUAUUGAAGAAUUAUUAUACUUAUAAAUGUAUGUUAAUUGAAAGUUAUCUUGAAUUUAACAAUUUAUUAAACUAUAUUGUGUUGAAUAAUGAUUUUAUAUCAGUGAUUGAAGAUUCAGAAAAUGAAACCCAAAAGGAUUACGAUAAGAUAAAUUACCCAAACACGAGGGAAUUCAAGAUACUCGCUAAAUAUUGGAUACAAAUUAGAUUAGUUGAAGUCGAGCACACAUUUUUUCAAUUCAAGGGGUCACUUCUAGUUUCUAACCAAUUGAAGAAUUCAUUAGUUCCUCACCUGAAAUUAUUAGAUUUGCUUUAUGGCAAGAAUGGAAAUCAAUUAUCUUAUGAACUUGAUAAAUUUUCAAUCAAAGUAUGGGGUACUUAUUAUAAACGUUCAAAACAUUCAACUUCAAUAAGAGCAAUUAUAAAAAAUUAUUUAGAGUUGUAUGCUAACGUGUAUGAAAUCUUAGCCGAUGAUUUAAAAGAAUUUGAAAAGAAUUAUAAAACACCGACAUAUCAAUUAUCACUUAAGGAUAUUGGAUUAUUAUUGAUGAAUCAACAGAUUUUAUUAUUAUUUAUUAAGUGGUUGUCAUUUAUUAGGGUUGAAAGUACAUACUUUCCAAGCUUGAGAUACACUACAUACUACACAACCAUGAUUAAUUUAUUCAACCAUUUGAAUCUAAUUGAUGAGUUAUCCAACAGUGAUAUUUUCACAAUUAUAAUUUCAAAUUUUUCAGUACAUUAUAUUAAACCAUUUUAUCAAUGUUUAAUAUAUCAAGCACUAUUUUUAAUCGUCCUAAAGAAUCAAAUCAAACAGUCCUCAUCCUUCAAGAUAGAUCUUUCUAAUAACUACAACCUAAUGGUAUCUCAGUUCAUCAAAACUUCAAAUAAAUUACUUAACAAUCAGACUUGGAAUACAAAGUUGAAAAAUAUCAAUGUAUUCAAUUUUUCAAAAAAUAUCAUAAUUGAUUUGAAAUCUCAAAUUGAAAGUAAUGAUCAAGAAUCAUUUGAUUAUAUUAAUGAUUUAUUGCAUUCUUUAAAGUCAAAGGUUAAAGUUGAAAAUUGGGAAAUUUUAAUGAAUCGAUAUUUUGGAAGUAAGGAUAAUUUCUGCAGAUAUAUGGAAAAAGUAUAUGAUUUGUUUAAAUACUUAUCGACAAACCCAGAGGUUAAAAAUGUGGCAAUUACAAAUGCAAUUAACCUAAAUGAUGAGUUGGUGAAUAAUACAAUUGGUAAAUUGACAGGUUGGGAAUUUAAUAAUAAUAUAGUUCAUGGUUAUUUGAAACUUAUAGUAGAACCAAAUAUUGAUGAUUAG